UCCAAACAAACAAGGCCUGUUAGAAAAAGUGAGAUGCCACCUGUCAAGAAUGAGGAGCUUAUUCCUGGUGCAAUGUUUACUGGGAAAGUAAGAUCGAUCCAACCAUUUGGUGCUUUUGUUGAUUUGGGAGCUUUCACAGAUGGACUGGUGCAUGUUUCCUGGUUGAGUGAUAGCUUUGUUAAGGAUGUUGCAAGUGUUGUUUCUGUUGGGCAAGAGGUGAAGGUGCGGUUGGUUGAAGUAAACACUGAGAGUGGGAGGAUAUCUCUUUCCAUUCGUGAAAAUGAUGAUGCUAGUAAGCACCAGCCACGGAAAGAUGGUCCUGCCACUUCUGAUAGGGCAAGGCCUGCCAGGAAGAAUUCUUCAAGGUCCAGCCAGAGAAAGGAGGAGGUGAAAAGCUCAAAAUUUGUCAAGGGACAAGACGUAGAGGGGACGGUGAAGAAUUUAACUAGGUCUGGUGCUUUCAUCUCUCUUCCUGAGGGGGAAGAAGGAUUCUUGCCUACAUCAGAAGAAUCUGAUGAUGGACUUAUGAGUAUGAUGGGAGAUUCAUCACUGCAGGUUGGCCAAGAAGUCAAAGUCCGUGUGUUGCACAUCAAAAGGAGACAAGUAACCUUGACGAUGAAGAAAGAUGGGGCUCAUGACAAGUUGGACUCACAGCUCAGCCAAGGUGUGGUGCAUGCUGCAACAAAUCCCUUUGUGCUGGCUUUCCAUAAGAACAAGGAGACUGCUGCAUUUUUGGAUCAGAGAGAAAAGUCAGAGAAAAUAGAGCAAAUAGAUACAGUAGCUGAUAUUGCUGAUAAGGACAAGGAAACAGAGGAGAGUUUUGAAGUUUUGUCUCCUGAAAGUAGUGUAGAAGUUCCUUUAGUAGAUGUGGUGGAAAGUGAUGAAACAGCUGCAUCAUCUGGAGAGAUACUUGAUCAAGUUAUGACUUCAGAAAAUUCAGUAGUUGGUGAAGAUUCCACGGCAAAAGAUGAAGUACAAGUGGAAACAACCCUAGCUGAGGAUAAAACUUCUUCUACUGCAUCAGUUCAAGAUGAAGAAACUGGCGCUAUUCCUAAUGAACAAGUAGAAACACCCCUAGCUGAGGAUAAAACUCCUUCUACUGCAUCAGUUCAAGAUGAAGAAAUUGGUGCUAUUCCUAAUGAACAAGUAGAAACACCCCUAGCUGAGGAUAUAACUCCUCCUGCAUCAGUUCAAGAUGAAGUUGGAGGCUUGGAGCUAUUCCUGAUGAAAAUAGCAGUGUUGCCAGCACAGGUGUACAACCAGAUAUUCCUGAUUCCAAAGUUGCUGAAGAAUAUCUAUCUACGUAUUUCUUAUUGCCGAUUUUGUGCAGAUACAGUGGAAAACAAUGUAAGUUCUGAUCCAUCUCUAGAAUCAGCUGAUGAUCAGAUAAAGUCUUCAGGAAGUGAAGCAAUUGAAGAAGCAGAGAAUCAAGUUGAGGAUACCAAGGAUGAAGUGCAUAUAGAGACACCAGCUUGUAAGGGUGAAAUUCCUUCCGUUUCAGAAGUUGAAGAGGCAGAACCUGCUCCUCAAAAGAAUGAUGAGGUUACUGAUUCAAAUGGCUCUACCCCUAAGGAAAAUGUGACUAAAGCAACCAUAUCACCAGCUCUUGUAAAGCAGCUCCGUGAAGAAACAGGAGCAGGAAUGAUGGAUUGCAAGAAAGUGCUCUCAGAGACUGGAGGGUACAUUGUUAAAGCUCAGGAGUUUCUUCGCAAGAAAGGGUUGGCAAGUGCAGAUAAAAAAGCCAGUCGAGUCACAGCUGAAGGAAGAAUAGGCUUUUACAUUCAUGAUAGCAGGAUUGGUGUCCUAGUAGACGUUAACUGUGAGACAGAUUUUGUCUCCCGGGGCGACAUUUUUAAGGAGCUUGUUGACGAUCUAGCCAUGCAGAUUGCCGCUUGCUCUCAAGUACAAUAUCUUGUUCCAGAAGAUAUUCCUGAGGAGAUUGUAAACAAUGAAAGAGAAUUAGAGAUGCAAAAGGAAGCUCUCUUCAAACCAGAGCAGAUUAGAUCAAAGAUUGUUGAAGGAUGGAUAAGGAAGAGGCUUGAGGAGUUGGCUUUACUCGAGCAGCCCUACAUUAAGAAUGAUAAGGUGGUGGUGAAAGAUUGGGUAAAGCAGACUAUUGCAACCAUUGGAGAAAAUAAAGUGAAAAGAUUUGUGAGGUUCAAUCUUGGAGAGGGACUGGAGAAGAAAAGCCAGGAUUUUGUUGCUGAAGUGGCUGCCCAAACUGCGGCAAAACCUGUUUCUACUGAUGGAAAAGAGCAAUCGGCUUCAGCGGAAGCCAAGGAAACUGAUAAGAAACCGACAGUAGCAGUCUCUGCUGCACUUGUUAAACAGCUACGUGAAGAAACAGGAGCUGGAAUGAUGGACUGCAAGAAAGCUCUGUCUGAAACUGGAGGUGAUCUUGAGAAGGCUCAGGAAUACCAUAGAAAGAAGGGCCCUUCAACUGCUGACAAGAAAUCCAGCCGGCUUGCUGCUGAAGGUAGAAUCGGCUCUUACAUUCAUGACUCUCGGAUUGGAGUACUAAUUGAAGUGAACUGUGAGACCGACUUUGUUGGUAGAAGCGAAAAAUUCAAGGAGUUGGUGGAUGACCUAGCAAUGCAAGUUGUGGCCUGUCCAGAGGUGCAGUUUGUAUGCAUUGAAGACAUUCCAGAAAGCAUUGUGAGUAAAGAAAAAGAGCUUGGGAAGCAGAGGGAAGAUGUUGCAUCAAAACCAGAGAACAUUAGGGAGAAAAUGGUUCAAGGGAGGGUCUCAAAAAGGCUUGGAGAGCUUGCCCUUUUGGAACAGCCGUUCAUUAAGGAUGGCAGUGUGUUCGUUAAAGACUUGGUAAAGCAAACUGUUGCAGCACUUGGAGAGAACAUAAAAGUCCGAAGGUUUGUUCGAUUUACGCUUGGAGAGAGAGACAAUUGAAGACACUAAAACAGGAACUGAAGCAUGAUAUCAGUGGGAAGCAUUUGGAGCUAAUUUUGGACGAGACGAUAACCUGAU